AUGAGCAUUUUAUCAUCAUUAAUUUCAAUUUCAAACCCAAUGAAAUCAAGCAAAUCAAGUGUUGCAAAUGGUGGUGGAUCAAGUUUAUCAAUGGGUUCUAAUUCAAUUGCAUGUGGUUCAUGUGGUAGUAAUGGUGGUAAUGGUAGAAAAAGAUUACCUUCUGAUUAUACUAACAUUGAUUCUAAUGCAGGUUCAUAUACAACUGCAUCAGGAUCAACUUACAGUUAUAGUUAUAGCUAUGGUUAUUAUUCUGGUUCAUGUGGUUGUAAUUAA